UCGCUUUCUGUAAGCAAUUUGUCAGUAAUUUUUAGUUGUAUAUAUAGAAAAAUAUAGUUAAAUCAAUUCUCUUUCUAAAGGUAGCAUGUAAAGCUGUCUUAUUGUCGCUGUUCGAGGAUGCAGUGAAGAGCUUCAUACUCCCUGGACAUAAUCUGCACACUAAUGUAUAAUACAGUUUCUGUUCAGAUUGAAUGUUAGCUCAAAUGUACAUUUGCAGCACAUACAUCUCUUAAGAAUUCUUAACAAGAAGGACAGAAAGAUUAAAUGAACAAACAGCCUGAUUCAAACAAAUUUGCUGUUGCCUGCGAGUACCGUUGUUUGUUUUUCCUAUGCAUAUGUUUUAUUACAACCCCACUGACUAACUGGUAUAUUUGAUUUACAUAACCGCGUGUGACUCUGAUAAGGUUCUUGCAAUCGCCUUUAACGAAAUACAUGGUUGCCUAGAAAUCACCGUGUUCGGUUAUCGACGUAUGGUAUUAAAUUAACCAGUGACAGUGAAUUAUUCCAGGAUGUUAAAGCUCUGAAGUUCGUAAUCCUCAUCACUGGAUUAUGCAGAAACACUAGCCCAGUAAGUUUUAGUGCUGGAGUGCUAUGAGCCUGUAGUAUUCGCUCAGCUUAGAGCUGAUUCUUCGCUUUACGCCUGAUGUUUUAACCCUCUGGUUACCGACAUUUACGCAGCGGCUUCUGGCUGCAGGUUUAGCUUCUACUGGAUCUUUGAAUCUUGCGGACGCACAGAAUUACUAACUGGUUGUUCUUUAAUUGCUGCCACACCCCCUCAGGUGACUCCACACCUAGAAUUUUCUCAGGAGCCUUGAAAUGUUCUUACUGUCUUGACAGUUAAGGUCUCUAUGCUCUAAGCUCUCCUCCCCCAUCAAAGGUUGGUGUGCCGCGCUCCUUUUGCCCUCAGACGUUUAAAUGUCUGCCAUUUUGGUUGGUCUGCGAUGACAGCUAACCUCUUGGGGAGUUUCCAGCUAGGCUCAGCAAUUUUCUGAUUGUUUUCUUGUCUAGGAUAGAUUUCCAACUGUUCUAUGUGCAUCUUACUGAUUGGCUUUGUUGAUUUUUUUUCCCCCAGGCCCUGGAAUAAUUGUACCUUUAAAUUACAUUAAUGUCCGUACAGCCACCCCUUUCCAGCAGGGGGCGAACAUCCAAGUGACUCAAUAUUCAAAUAAUUAGCAUUUUGAACUGGCCAUUUGUGGUGUUAGUCAGCUGGUGUUGAGUUCCCCUGUAGCACCGCUGAUGAUCUGUGCUUUGGAUGUUGCAGAGAAGAAUACCAUCACAUCUGACGCAUCAAAUAUAACAGCAUGUAGUACACAGUGUAAUGCUCUGGUAAAGACUAAAAUGAAUGCUCAAGGACUUUGGAGGGGUGCUCUAGCAUGCCCUGCCGAGGAGGCACACGCCUCGCCCGCAAGCAGCAUCCCGUUCUCAUGGGGGUGGUCAUCCUGCUUCUCUGCCUGGCUCUGCAGUGCACAGAGGGUGCAGUAGCAGAGCAGUGCUGGCAGGGGGCGACGUACUCAGAAAGCGUCGUCUCGCCCAACCUGAAGAGCGGCAACAUCCUGCGGGUGCCAGAGGCGCCGUCGGUGGGCCAGUGCGCCAAGGCCUGCUGUGAACUGCCUGGCUGCGACCUGGCAUGGCUCUUUGAGCGCCACUGCUACGUGCUGAGCUGCCAGCGGCAAGAAAGGUGCCAGCCCCGUCCGAGGCCCGGCUCCGACUCCUACAUCAUCUUCGUGCGUCGUGGCCCUGCAUCGCCACUUGUGCUGCAGUCCCUCGCCCGUGGGCAGUCUUACCCGGGUCGCUGGAGACCCCUGUCACGGCCCAAAGGGCCCGCUGCUGUCCUCAGGGACUUGGCCCUCUUCGAUGGGACGCGGGACUUGAGUGAGCUCGAUCCCUCAUGGACGGACAUGGAGUACUCUGACAGGAGUUUGGAAGAUGGCAGCAGAUUCGGCAUGGAGGUGAAGAGCGGACCUGAGGCAGCGCGGACGGAACAGAAGGAGAGCUCAGGCUACCUGGACUGGCUGCCUCUGCUGGGCAGGGAGGAGAUAAAUGUGACAGAUAUAGGGGGUGGCUCAGUGGAGAGGGAAUCUCUGCAAAACACUGCCCAGGACGGCCCAUCUGUCCUCAGCUCCUCCCCUAGGCCUUCAAACGGGAUAUCCACCACUGAAUCAACCCCGACCUCUGACCCUGCAGUGUCCCCAGCUGCACAGAACCUCACUAGCGAAGAGCUGCCUGACAACGGCUUGUCCGUGCAGAUGCAGCCUACUGUGUUUCCCCAAGACAGUCCCGCUGACCCUCCCCCUCAGCGCCAAAUUACGACUUGCCUUCCCACUGGGAGUUUGCCCCCUGUCCUGAAUCGGACGACUCCCACCGCUGCCCCACAGAAAGUGGGAACCCUGCUGGUCUCUGCAGGAGACCCUGUGGAGGUGAUGCUACCCAUGAACACUGUGGAACUGAGAGCCGUUGUGGUUCCUGAGCCCCAGACAGAAAGCACAUACUCUUAUGAGUGGAGUUUGCGCAGUUAUCCUAAUGGCCACCAGGGGGAGAUGGAGGGCAUGAACAGCAAGACAGUCAAGCUCUCAGGGCUUUCCGAAGGUGUGUACGUUGUCAAGGUGACCGUCGCGGGGGACCACGGGUCCGGAGACGCCCUCGUGAAUGUCACCGUGAGAGCCGCUGCCCGUGUGAACCAGCCCCCGAGAGCCGUGGUGAUCCCCCCCACUCAGGACGUCCUGCUCCCUGCCUCCUUGGUCUGCAUUGAUGGCAGACGGAGCACAGACGAUGGCGGCAUGGUGACCUACCGCUGGGAGGAGGUGAAAGGCCCACCACACAGAAGCAAGGCCUUCGCUGACACCCCCCUGCUCCGCCUCUCGGACCUGGAGGCCGGCAACUACACAUUCAGCUUGACAGUGACGGACUCUGAUGGGCUGAGUGACUCCACCAUGGCCACCGUCAGAGUCAGUGCGCCCCCCGAUCUGGCUCCGGUGGCCGAUGCGGGCCCCAAUCUGACGGUCACACUGCCGCUGGACCGCGUCACCCUGUGUGGGAACCGGAGCAGCGACGACCACGGGAUCGUCAGCUACCUGUGGACCCUGAGCUCAGGGAGCUGGCCCGAGAAGCCCACCAUGCAGGGCGCCCAGACCGCCCUGCUCCAACUCUCGGACCUGCGCGAGGGACAGUACCCCUUUCUGCUCACUGUCACUGACUCGGCCGGCCAGCAGGCCUCUGACUCGGUGACUCUCAGCGUACAAGCAGAGAGGAAUGCCCCCCCCGUGGCAGUGGUUGGCCCCGACCAGUCGCUCAUCUUCCCCAUAAGCAGCAUCAGGCUGGACGGCAGCAGCAGUACGGAUGACCGCGGGAUCACGGCCUUCCACUGGGAGGCGCUGAGUGGUCCCUCCGGGCUGACAAUAGAGGACUCUGGCAAGGCUGUAACCAUGGUGACAGGCUUCCAGGCUGGUCACUACACCUUCAGGCUGACAGUGGAGGACCAGCAGGGGGCGACAGACAGCGCCUACCUUAAUGUCACUGUAUGUGAAGGUGUAAAGCAGCCCCUCUCUGCCCACACCAGUGGGGGCCACACCUUGGUUCUGCCCAACAACUCCGUGGUGCUGCAAGGAAAUGUCUCUGGUGCGGAUCCGGGCUCUGUGUCCUACCUGUGGGUCCGGGAUGCGCAAAGCCCAGCAGCAGGGGAUGUCCUGUACGGCUCGGAGCGCUGGGACUCCCUGCACCUGGCCAACCUGGUGGAGGGAACCUACCUGUUCCAGCUACGUGUCAGCGACCCUCAGGGGCGGCUUAGCGCAGCCACCGCUACCGUGGAGGUGCUUCCUGACCCGCUACGGCAGGCCGAGGUGGAGCUGGAGCUGCAGGUGGCUGUGUCCCAGGUGAGCCAACAACAGAUGGACACACUGGUGGGCCAGCUGGCGGAGCUGCUGCACAUGCCGGACGCCAACGUGACUGUGCGCAGCCUGUCUGCGGGGUCAGAGGUCAGCACCGUCCUCCGGCUCUCGGCGCAGGCCCAGGGCGAGCCCCUCCCCGGCCCCCUGCUGGCCCGCCGCCUGCGUGAGCGGCUGCUUGGGGACAGCACACACCUGCUGCCGUUCAGGGUGCUGCGCGUGGACACCAGCAUGUGUCUGCUACGGUGUUCAGACCACGGUCGCUGUGACCCCAUCACCAAGCGCUGUGUCUGUGAGCCAUUCUGGAUGGAGAAUCCCAUCCGUCGCCUCCUACAGGACAGGGAAAGCAACUGCGACUGGAGUGUGCUGUAUGUGGUUGGGAGCUCCUUCGUGGCCUUUGUCUGCAUCCUGUCAGCCAGCUGGGCCUGUAUCUGCUGCUGCAAAAGGAGGAAGCGCACGAAAGUGAGGAAGAAAACCAAAUACACGAUUCUGGACAACAUGGAUGAACAGGAGCGGAUGGAACUGCGGCCAAAAUACAACAUCAAGCACAGGAGCACGGAGCACAAUUCCAGCCUGAUGAUGUCUGAGUCAGAGUUUGACAGCGAUCAGGACACCAUCUUCUCCCGUGAGAGGCAGGACAGGGGUAAGAACCAGCAUAACGGAGCCUGCAGAAACGGGGGGGCCUUCAACGCACGGACUGUGGACAGCUGAAGGUUGGCAGGCUUCUACUCCUCAGUGCUGUGGGUGUCAUGGGCAGGAAGGUCUGCACUGAUACUGCUGGAUAAUGAUGGACACAAGCCCAGGAAACAGGAAGUAUCCCAUAAUGCCCUGGGAACAGUGACCGGUGAAUGUAGGUAUAAUUAUGGUCGGUCCUUACCAUUUUUAUGCUUUUAAUGAUGAUGAAAGCUAAUCUAUUUAUUUUGUGAUUUUAAUGUGUGUGGCUCCUUCCAGUCACUUUGUACAAUCCUUUCAUUUGCGGUUUGUGUUUAAAGACCAACACAUCCUUGAUUUUUAAUAUGCCGUGUUCAGGGUCGAUACUGAUGUUUGCAGACGUGAAUGAUUCAGACUCACAUUACUGUAGGGCUAUUUUUUUUUUUUUGCACUUCUAAUACUGUUAUAACCCUCUCUUUGAUAUGGUUGUAUGCAGACCUCCCAUCCUGAGGGUUCUACACACCUUCCAGGACAUUGUACAUACAGCCGUGUUUGUUCUGUGAAUUGCACAGCAGAACCACAAGGGGGCAGCCUUAACGCUGAGAGUGGGGUACAGCCACACGUCGUGGGUCUCACGCACGACCACAGCCAAGGACCUAAACCCACAGAGCAGCACUGACUGCCCUUAGGCUACGGAGAAUAGCAAAGGGGGGGGGGGGGGGGGGGGGGGAGGGCGGGUAUGUCAAGAAGCAUCAAGAUACAGAAUGUAUGCAUGUGUGGAACUUAGGAAUUACUGUAACCACUAGAAUGUUUGCCACGAAACGGGUAAUGCACAAUGCGAAACAGGUACAUUGCAAGGAGAAAAGCCCCAGUAACUGACAAGUCUCUGUAGAGACUAAUGCCAGUAGAUGGGAUUGCUUGGGAAGUUCCACUUAAAACACUAGUCUAGACUGUGGCUGUCAUUUUUGUCGUUUGUUUGAUUGGAGGUAAAAACCUGUAACCUUAUUAUGACAAGGCCCCGCCCACAGAUAUUUUGUUUUUCCUCAAAUUAAAGUCUAUUGAUGUUUAACUUUGUGUAAUUAAAGCACAUCUGCUGCCUGUCAGCAA